CUUUCAUUAAACAAACAGGAGAUCCUGAAACCGGGACCCUGUGCAAGCCGCAGCGCGAGGAGGAGGGGGAGGCAGAGCGCGGGAUGGGCGCCGAGGGGGAUCUGUGAUCUCGCUCACCCCCGCCCCACGCACGCGCGCACACUCACACACAUACUCGCGCGCACACUCACACACACACGCACAAACACACACUCGUCCACGCCCGCGCCGCGCGCUGGCGGGCUUGCUCUCCCACGCAGGCGGAAUGCAGCAGAGUCCAGGGAGCGUGUCUCCGGCUGCUGCCUGAAUGCACCUCGCUCUCAGGAGCGGGACGGCCCAGUAGGGCGCACGGGAGGACGCUCCCCCACCAGAGCUUGUCAUCAUGGCUGGGACAGUGCUGCUUGCCUACUACUUCGAAUGCACUGACACUUUUCAGGUGCAUAUCCAAGGAUUCUUCUGUCAGGAUGGAGACUUAAUGAAGCCUUACCCGGGGACAGAGGAAGAAAGCUUCAUCACCCCUCUGGUGCUCUAUUGUGUGCUGGCUGCUACCCCAACUGCUAUUAUUUUUAUUGGUGAAAUAUCCAUGUAUUUCAUAAAGUCAACCAGAGAAUCUCUGAUUGCCCAGGAGAAAACAAUUCUAACCGGAGAGUGCUGUUACCUGAACCCCUUACUCCGAAGGAUCAUAAGAUUCAUAGGGGUAUUUGCGUUUGGACUUUUUGCUACUGACAUUUUUGUAAACGCUGGACAAGUGGUCACUGGGCACCUAACACCGUAUUUCUUGACUGUGUGCAAACCGAACUACACCAGUACAGACUGCCGAGCCCACCACCAGUUCAUAAACAAUGGGAACAUUUGUACCGGGGAUCUGGACGUGAUAGAAAAGGCUCGGAGAUCUUUUCCUUCCAAACACGCUGCUCUGAGCAUUUACUCCGCCUUAUAUGCCACGAUGUACAUCACAAGCACAAUCAAAACGAAGAGCAGUCGACUGGCCAAGCCAGUGCUGUGCCUCGGGACCCUCUGCACGGCCUUCCUCACGGGCCUCAACCGGGUCUCUGAGUAUCGGAACCACUGCUCCGACGUGAUCGCGGGCUUCAUCCUGGGCACCGCUGUAGCGCUGUUUCUGGGAAUGUGUGUAGUCCAUAACUUUAAAGGAACGCAAGGAUCUCCUUCCAAACCCAAAUCCGAGGAUCCCCAUGGAGUCCCCCUAAUGGCUUUCCCAAGGAUAGAAAGCCCUCUGGAAACCUUAAGUGCACAGAAUCACUCUGCCUCCAUGACCGAAGUUACCUGAGAUGGCUGAUGUGUCACAAGCUGUUUUUUUUAUCACCCUCCAAUUCAAUACUUCAAGACACACAGUUACUUGAUGUCAAACUGUGAAGACAAGUAUUAUGUUUAUCUAGUUAGAGGCUGAUGUUUUGUACAUUUUUUGUAUAAGGAAGUGAUGUAGCUUGCCCUGACUUUUUUUUCUGUUCAGCUUUAAUAUAUUUAUGCGAGAAUUUUAAACCAACAAAAUUUUCUUCUUGUUCAAGUGUGCAUUGAAGAACCACAUUUAUUCAAUGAUUGAUGUUUUGUGAUAUUUGUACACAAACCUUCUUUUCUCAGUUUUAUAGACACAGAGAUUAAAAAAAUAUAACAGUUCACUUUAACCUUUUAUUACCACAGUUUCUGCCUCCUCCAGAAUUUUUUAAUAUUAAUGAAAGUUAACUUUUGAGUUGCAGAGAGGACUAUGUUGGUUAAUGGUAAAUCUCAAAAUCAAUUUGUACAGAAAGAAAUAAUACUUUCAAAAAGAACUUUGUGUUCUGAUCUCUUAACAUGUUGUUGCAUUCUAAGUUAAAGUAACAUAUUAAUGAAGUCUCCUAGUUACACAAACAAUUGGCAGAAAAUUCUGGAUUUGAGGAGUGUUGGGGUUAUUAUGAUUCUUUUUUAAAUAAUGGUCUCUCCCAUCUAAGAAACUCAAGAUCUUCCUGGAAUUAUGGUGACACUGCAGACGUCUUUCCAAACAGCAGCCAGCACCAGCCUCCCACAUCAACUCGACAGUUUUGUAUAUCAUAUUGUAUGGACUUUAUAUGAAAAUGAAUAUUUUACAGUUUGCACAGUAUUAUUUUACAGAAAGCAUAUCAGAGCAUCUACAACCCAGAGCCCAGAGCAAGAGCCUGACUUUGUGGCUUUCAAUUGUUCUAGAAUUUUCACUGCAUCUCAUUUUUCUAGCAUGGUAAUAACUGCUGUGUAACUCCUUUACGAGAGGAUCUCCCUUGUCUGUACCUAUUCGAAUGUUUUCUUGACACUUCCGUUUUGGCUCUUCUUACCUUUUUUUGUACAUAUUUUUUUUCUAAAGAGAAGGAAAAACGUUAUCACAAAAAUGUAUUCUGGCUCAUGUCCUUUGUUUUAAGCUUUAUUCACUGGGCAAAAGUAUUUGAAGAGUCACAAUGAAGGGACUCAAUAAAUAUUUAUACUUUUCAGUUCCACGCCUGCUGAGAGAAAUCCUAACCGAGGCUGUACGUAUUAGCACCAAUAUUAGAAUCUAGGUCUGUCUGACUCCAGAUUCCUCUCUUUCCAAUACAUCAAGAUGCCUUCGAGCCAAGUCCACAUCAUUUCAAAGGCUUUUCAAUGUGAUGUAUCUACUUAGAUGGUUCAGAGGAUGGUGUAAGUGAAAAAAAGCACAUCAUGAGAAGGAUGUAUUCCGCUUAUGAGAAGAAAUAAUUUGAAAGCUUUGGGUUCUCCAAUCUUAUAUAAGCUACCUAAGUGUAAUGUUGUCCAAUUUCAGAGUGAUUCAUUUUCUAAACAUAUUUUAAGAUUUUUUGGUAACAGCAAUGAGAGCUCAAAUCUAUUUCAUUGUUCAUAAUAAGACAUUCUGGAAAAGGCUGUCAUGCUAUAUUAAUUUUACAUUACCCAUUGCUUGUCACAAUGAGAGUCCAUUUAAAUGUCUGACUCCCAGAUGGUAUUUCCAAGAACUUAAGUCAGGUUGGCAACAUGAGUGUUAUCCUUCUAUUCUUCUCUCUGGUUUUGAUCUGGAUGGACCUAUUCAGAGUGUUCCAAGAUCUCUAGCCAUAGAACCCAAUUUUCUGGCCUUGGGCUUGGUGGGUAUUGGUACAUGACCGAGUCAUGCUCCACAGGACACCACACUGGGGCACUUGGAACUAAGGGGCGUCCCUGGGCUCACAUCCCUCGGUUCCCUGAGCCAGUCUGUGUCCCUCCAUUAUGCCUUGGCAAACUUAGUGUUGCCCCUAAUUAGCCACAAGUCACUUCAUGGGUCUGACCUUGAUCUUUCAAGCCUACCACUUGAGAUUCACGUCUUAGGGCUAGGGACUCCUCACAGACCUUCCACCAAGAACAAAGCUCUCUGUCUAAAUAGAACAAGUGGUCACUUAGCCUCAGAAAGAAUAAAUUCUGCAAUGAGCUUUUCUUCCUCUUUUUAAGGAAAGCCCAGAGUAGCCUGAGAAGUCUGACUUACUGUGAGAAGAAAGUGGAAAGAAACAAAAGGAAGGCUAAUAAAGUGAGUUGACAUAAACAACCUCAUGAGACUGUUAGCCUCUGAGAAUAUCUAUGACUUUUUUUUUUUUUUUUUUUUUUUUUUUAAGGAGGGCACAGCUCACAAUGGCCCAUGCGGAGAUCAAACUGGCAACGGUGGUAUUAUCAGCAUCACGCUCUAACCAACUGAUCUAAUUGGCCACCCCAUGACAUCUUUCAUUUCUUUGAUUUAGUGCCUAAAACAGGGCCUGACACAGAGCAAACUGUUAAAGUGUGUCAAAUAGAUGGAUUCCAGAAAUCCUCCUAAUUUAAGCUGAGGGAGACUUGACUCAUUUGAAAAUAAAGAGAAUUUGAAUGGGACCUAAAGAUAGCUGAAAGAUAAGUAUAUUUUAGAUACAGGAAUAAUAAGGGUGAGGAAUCUGCACUCAGCAGUUAUGAACAUGUGAACUGUUAUUCUCUGGAGUAUUUGAGAUCCUCCUCCCUGGCACAUGUCGUCAGUUUGGCUCAAGUGAACUCUUAUAAAAAUUCUUUACAGGUUUGAAGGUUUCUUACAUCAACAUGUUACAUAAAGUCUUAUCUCCAUUGAAUCAUCCUGUAAAGCAAUUUUUUUUUUGACUUUCACAUGAUGUUCUGCAGUAUUUCAGAAUUGAAUAAACCCAGGCUCACUGCAGUCGGAGAGACUCAUCAUACAUAAUUCUGCACAAAAUAGUUCUGUCCCCUUCUCAUUAUCCCUCUUUGUAGCCAACAGAGUUUUUGCCUUUGUAGGAACCACGUCGUCAGGUAGUCCCCUCAUUUGAGUAUUUCUUCUCUUCUGUUCUUCAGCAGCCCCAGGGGUAAGUGUGAAGACAGACAGGGGCUCCUCUACUCCAGCUGCCUGUUGUCUGGGAGGCUUUCUAUGGUUCGGGGUCUUGGGCCCAGUGAGGUCCACAUCUGGGCUAAUGGACUCAAUCGUAGUCACCGGUUGUGAAUAAACUUACCAUUAGAAUGAUUUUGAGUUUUUUGACCACCUUAAAAAUAGAUUUUUAUACAUUUGAUAAAGUCAAUCCUACCAAGAUCCACUGGAUAUGUUUUCAUUAAUCUCCCACUGCGAGAUAAAUCACUGAUUUUGGUGAACAUGUACCACAUCUACAGUCAUAACUUUCACCCUCAUUGGCAGGAAGCUGGAGUCUAAUUCUUAAAAAAAUAAAAACUUCCUUAUUAAAUGGUAAACCAAAUGACCCUAAUAUGUAUUCUUAUAGGAUUCUUGGAAGUGAAUCUCUACAUCAGACUUAUUCCUUCUUAUUGUCAUAGCGUCUUUGUUCUAGGAACAGCAAAAGAAAACACUUAAUUUUGACAUGCAGUUCAAAUGCCAUAUCCUCUCUGAUGCUUUUCCUGGUGACUGAGGACAAAAUUAUCACUAACAUCAUCAUCACCUCCACCAUAUUUCCAUAGCUUUUAUGGUGACUUUACCACAUCUGGUAGGGAGAGAGAUGUGAAAGCAAGGAGGAU